AAUGCCGAGUCGACUCAGGCGUUCUUCAGAUGUCAGAAGCAAAGAGCAAAGCUGAUUCAAAGAGAAGAACAACAGAGAAAAAUGGAGAGUAAUGAGGACUGUAGCGUUCAUGUAACGGGGCUACCAGCCUUCAACUUAAGUGCUUUUCAGGCAGGACAUCAUGUAGACCAAGAAAAGAACGGUUUUGAGGCGGUUACACCAGCGAGUUGUUUCAAUGAAGUGGUCGCUUCGCAUUCUCAAGAUGUCUCUCUAGCAAGUAGUGUUCAGCUUCCAGUUGAUGUGGUGCCUUAUGAUACAUCAACCAUGGUGACAUCAACUUGUCAAGAUAGUUUAUUGUCCCGUACACRAGUAGCAGUACUUAAUGUCCCAGAUAAUUCAAUAUUUGAAGUAGUUCAAGCAGUUCCACAACAAGGGGACCACACUGUAGGAGAUGUAAAUGUUGCAGACAUCCACGUUAAUGUCUGUGUCGACAAGAAUAAUCAAGAAGAAUUACACUUACAGCAAACGACAGAACACCAGCAACAACUAGAGGAACCAAAGACACGUAAACGAAAGGGAGGAUGGCCAAAAGGAAAAAAGCGGAAAAAAGAUAUUCAAGAUCUAAAUAAACCCAAAGCACCUGUCACUGGAUAUGUUAGGUUUCUUAAUAGUCGUCGUGAGGAACUCAAGCUACUUCAUCCUCAUUUGACAUUUCCUGAGAUCACUAAGAUGCUUGGUGUUGAGUGGAAUCAAGGCUUGUCGCUUGAAGAAAAACAGAAAUUUCUUGAUGAGGCAGAGGACGAUAAAAAACGUUACAUAGAAGAGCUCAAAGCUUACCAACAUUCUGAAAAAUUCCAAGCAUUUGUUAAACGACAAGCUGUAAAAAGGUCCAAACAAGUGGAUGUUGAUGGAAAUGAGGAAAUUGAUAGUGGCUUACUUGUUGCUCAACAAGAUGAGGAUUCAGAAUCAAAUGAGCUGUACUGCAAGACAUGCAACCAGUACUUCAGCUCCCUGCAUAACAAAAAAGAACAUAUGUAUGGCAGACAGCAUUUACAAAUGCUGACAUGUGAGUUUGAACGAGAAGCUGAAGCCUCUUCCAAAAUAACAAAUGGUUUGAAUGGUACAUCACCAAGCCACACAAGCCAGGGAGGUGCUACCGGGACUACACUAUUGGCAUGUCAAUCAAUUAGUAUACCACAAUUUACAGAGACCUUCCUUGAACAAAAUCUAAACAGGGAACUCGAGAUUCGGGAGCUAAGAAAAUCAAUACUUUCUUCACAAGACCAAAAUAUAGUCCUCGCAAAACAGAUUGAAGAACUAAAGGUUGUCUUACAAAAAGCUGAACAGGAGAUGACAGCAUCCAAGGCAGAUGGGACAUCUCUUUCAGCACAGCUCAAUAGUCUACGAAUGGUUCCCAAUCUGUUUGGUGUACAACUCUUAAAUUAACAGGGCUUAUAUUUCAUUGUUACUAAUCGAAGCAUUCUCUGCUCUCCUCUCCUCUGCUCUCCUCUCCUCUGCUCUCCUCUCCUCUGCUCUCCUCUCCUCUGCUCUCCUCUCCUCUUCUAGAUCUCUCUUCUAUCCCCUUUUCAUUUUUCAUUUCCCUUCCUUUCCAAUGUCUAUCGUUGUCCAAAAGAAAAAAUACAAAAUAACUUAUCCAUUUUCCCUCGCCAAAUUUCUAAGGACUUACGUGAUGCCGAGCCUUAACGUGAGCCAGUGAAACUUUGCAGAAUUUCUACAUAUUAAACGCACACCUCAGAAAAAAUUUAAAAAAUCAAAAACCCAAAAUAAUAAUAGUAACCAGAAUUUAUUGUCGAUGGCCCUUUCCGGCUCUCAUCGCCAAACACGUCAGCUGGAAACUUCGAGAAGUGAUAUUUCAGGAAACACCGUAUUUGAUGACUCUUCUAAUUGACUAUUUCAUUCAUAAAGCUGUAAAUUUACUGUAAAGUUCGAGAAUAUUGUAAAUAUGACUUUAUUAAAUCCUAAGCGUGGCAAAUAGGAAGUAAUAAUAUUUGUUAUGACUUUGUGAGACCAUGUCAUAAAAAUGUAGUGCAUUUGUAA